GUAUUCUGUUUUUAUUUGUUUAACACAACGUCCCGACUUCAUUGGUAUUGGGGUUGUCAUAAAUGUGUAAAAUAAACUGCAAUGGAUUUUAUUACAAUGUAAUUAAUACAAACCUCACUGUUUUUUGAAAAAGUGAACUGCCAUAAACUGCAGGUUAUAAUAAGUGUAACUGUUUCCAAGCACCUUAACUGUGUAAUUAUGUUCAGUGUAACAGGUUUUGUUUUUUUUUCCUAUAAAAAAACAUUGCUAUUAAUGCAAUGUUUUCCUUAAUUCAUCCGUCCUGCACCCCCUUGCAAUUGCUCUGAGCCCCCCCUAAGGGGCGUGCCACCCACUUUGGGAACCACUGCCCUAGGGGACCAAACCAGAUAAUGCAGGGCUGUGCUUUGAGUGUGGGGCCUUCAACCCUCAGUGGGUCAGUGUGACCUAUGGGAUUUGGAUAUGUCUGGAAUGCUCUGGAAAACACAGAGGCUUGGGGGUACAUCUCAGUUUUGUACGUUCUGUCACCAUGGACAAGUGGAAGGAUAUUGAGCUUGAGAAGAUGAAAGCAGGAGGGAAUGGCAAAUUCCGUUUGUUUCUCGAGCUCCAAGAUGAUUACAAUCCCAACUGGACCUUACAGGAAAAGUAUAACAGCCGAGCUGCUGCGCUCUUCAGGGACAAGGUUGCCGCUGAAGCAGAGGGGAAGGAGUGGUCUAUUGAAACUUCUUCUGCCAAAAAUUGGACAUCACCCCAACCCAAAAGCAGCCUUUCAUCCUCCCAUCGAUCCGGGGGAUCUGGCGCAAACUCUGCCACAUCUGGUGAUAAAGCUUUCGAAGACUGGUUGAGUGAUGACGUUAACUCUUAUCAGAGUGGAGGCGGUUACAGUGGGAAUCAAGAGAACCGCUAUGUUGGCUUUGGCAACACCGUAACCCCAGAGAAAAAGGAGGAUGACUUCAUAAACAAUGCUAUGUCCUCCAUUUAUUCAGGUUGGAGUAAUUUUACUGUUGGGGCCACCAAGUUUGCUUCCAUUGCAAAAGACAAUACAACAAAACUGGCAAAUCAGGCAACUUUGAAGUUAAAGGGCUAUAAGGCACCCCCGGAACCGGCCACAGAGUUAGGACAUACAAUAAAUGAGAGUGUUAUUAAACCUACCCAAGAAAAGGUGAAAGAUGGCAAAAUGCUAGAUGAAAUGACAGUCGGCAUCACUGAGUUGGCAAACAAGGUCCAGGGAGCUGGUGCCAAAUUGACCAAUCUCUUUUCGGGAAAACCAGAAGACGGGGCUGCUGGAGAUAGCUACCAGAACAUGGGUGCUACUGAGGGAUAUGAGGGCAGUUCCAGCCAGCCUCUCUCAAAGGACUUCUGGGAAACAUUUGGUAGCAACAACUCCCUAAAGGCCAAGAAAUCCCCAAGCAGUGACAGCUGGACCAUUGCAGAUAAUUCUGCAAAGAAGAGCUCUGACAGUUGGGACAAUUGGGGCUCUGAUGCAGCAUCCACCAACAAACACAGCACAGAGGAGAGCUGGGAGGCCUGGGACAACAACUGGGAGAAUGCAGAUGGUAAGGCUAAAAAGAGUCCCACGAAACCUGCUGAAGAAACCUGGGGUAAUGCAGACUGGUAGUCAUUUCACAAACCUUAUCUUCCCCUUUCUGCCUCCCUUUCUCUCAUCAUCCCCCUGGCACUAGGGAAGGAGUUAUUUCGCCAACACUUCCUGUCUAGCCAUUCAAAUGCUCUAUGUUGAACAGAUGCCCAAGGUUGACAUAAACUGCAUGAUAAAACUCGUAUUCUUAAAAAUUAUAACUUGGAACAAUGACUUGGACUUUUUAAAAAUAUAUACAUAUAUUAUUGUAAAUGCUCGCCACCCGAAAACAAACAAUAUAUAUAUAUCAGUGUAUAUAGGAUUCUAAAUGACUACCCCACCCCAGAAAGUGCAAUAGUCGUAUUGAUUUAAAAAAAGCAAAUGUUCAUACUGUGUACUUGUUACAUUGUGAUACUGCUGUUCAUCAAAGAAAAAUAUGCAUGACACAAUUUUUUUUAUUAUAAAUCAUUGUAAAUACAGUCUUGUCUUUGUGGUCAGCCACAUUGACUUAUUCCAUCCCAGGACCAUGAUCUUGAAUCCCCUUGCAUACUGACUUGGCAUUACAUAAAAAAUUGUAUAUAGGUACAAUAAAAUAUCUGUAAUAAAUAAACAUUGGCAUUACGCUGUAUCCUUCAUACAAGCAGUUAAAUAGUUUUGCAAACAACUAUGUUUAACAUCUGUGAACUGAUGAAACCCAUUUUGAACUUUCUGAGCAGUGCCCCACUUUCCCAAAGCUACUAUAAUCAACAAUAAUAGUUAAAAAGAUUACAUCAUGACUUCACUGCACUGGACUGAAAUGGAUCAUUUUGAUUAAACAUUUUUGUGAAUGGUGAUAUACAGUGCUAGGAAUAACUAAAAGUUUCAACCAGCCAUUUGCUACUUAGGGAAGAGUAUGUGCGUUUUGUAAAAAUUGAUGGUAGGCUGUACUUUUUGUACAAUUGUUAAACACAGGAUGGCAUUCACUUAGACAGGAAGAAUAUAGUGUAUUAAGCUCAAGUUGGACAAAGUGUUAUGAAGUUAUACAUGCAGUCAAUACAAACUCUUAGGGCUGUUGUCAAAAGUGCACACAGCACUGCCAUUGUACUUGAUCAAUAUGAAAUGUUUUCAUGUGAUGACGUCUACAUUUUGGGCUGCUUCAUCUACAAAUCAUGAAUGCUGAAUGCUUAGGUGUAGCUCUCAUCCCCUCUAAUUUGACUGGAACUAGCAGAGGUGACGUUUGUAGGAAAGUUUCAUUUAAAUCAAACUAGUUGUCAUUGUUUAGAACUACAGUGUUUUGGGAAGUGUGCAACCUCACCAUCUUAUGUGGCCUUUGAAUCUCUGUGACUGAAAGUGUGACAAAUGAAUCUGUGAACCCCUGCAUAUUCACGGUUCAAAUUUGCCUAUUUGCAGAUUUUUUGGGGGGAACCCAUCCUUAUUUGCUGAAACAUUUCCCUAUUCGCUGUUUUGUGCUCAGGCGCCAUCUCGUGGCAUAUUGGUGUCGAGGAAGUAUGUUUUAAGUGAGCAGAGGACUUCCAUUUAGACAGUGCUCUGCUUCCAUCUUCAGCCCUCUGCAGGCAAUUACGAAUACAAUUACGCACAGAUUUUUGCUAUUCGUGGCAGGGUUUGGUCGCUAUCCCACAUAAAUACCGGGGGUUCAUUGUACUACGAACAAUGCAUUUAGACAGACAUACCGUAAAUGAUCUCUGUAGUGAUAAAUAAAAACUAACAUAAAUAUGAAGAAAACAAGAAAUGGCGUUAUAUUGUUUUGGGGGCUUUGCUGGACAGAAAUGAGAUCAGUUGUUUCCAGCAGUGUAAUUAAUACUUUAUGAAAGACUUUUCAAGAUAUUAACUCCCCAUUAUUUUUCUAUAUCCACCAUUUUUUUCAUGUUUAAGCUAUUAAGUGAUAUUUGAUGAAGAGAACUUUAUUCCAUUCCCUGUUUCUACCUCGAAGAAAAGUUUACUACACAGUAUGCGGUAUGUCUUUGUUUAAUGAGUCUGUAUUAGUAUGUGAAUUUAAUGUUAAGUUAAAGCAAGACAAAAUGGUACAGCAGCAGCAUUGAUGUUUCACUGUCAAUACAGUAUUAUGAUUUUAAAAAAACAACAAAAAAAUUAUAUCACUCCGAGAACAGUUGCUGCUGGACCAGUUGUGUUCCUGUAUGCAUGUGUUUAAAGCCUUAAACUGCCCUUCUUUGCUCUUUUCAGACUCAUGUCAGCUUGUUGUGUAUGCGUGUGCGUGCGCACGCGUCUGUGUCUGUUUUGAUUCUAUGAGUUUUAUAUGUCUGUAAAUGACCAUCUCAUAUCACUUGUGUUUAUAUAUUGUCACCUGGAAGCAUUACUAUGAGAUUUAUUUUUUUCAUUUCAUGACAGCAUGAUAUAUGGCAUAUCUGAUGUUCGUUCCAAACCAUUUUUGAUGUCGUGUGUAAAAUCUUGACUGAGUGUCCUGUUGGUAUAAAUUUAAUUAAAUAAUUCGCUGAAUGUCACUAAACAAUAUGCAUCCAGGUGCUGGCAUAAAAACACGGGGGACAAAAUGUUGUCUACUGUAAAAUCUAAACCCAAUUCUACACUUUAAAAAAAUAACCAGCUCAGCAGUUGUGCCCGUAAAAAGAAAUGGCACUAUGCUGUGUUAAUAAUGUGUCUCAUGUCAAGAGAUUUUUAUGUUGUGCAUGAGCUAGAUAUGGAAUGUGACAAUUAAAACAUCCAACUGUUCUUAAAUCCUCAAAAGUUGUUUCUUCAGUGGAUUCAAGCUCCCCCCUUCCAAGUUUCACCAGACAUCAAUCCCAAAACGUGAGCCAGUGUUACACACUUCAGGCUGUGGAUACUUUCCCUGUACACGGUUUCUGUGUUGAAUAAAAUGUGUUGUAAAAUCA